CUGUGCCGGCCGGUGGACCCGCUGGAGCUGCUGCUUGAGUGGCAGAAGCCCGGCCGGCUGGAGGAGUUCCGGGCGGCGCUGGCGGCGGGCGAGACGGACGGCGCGCGGGCCGACCCGAACCGCGUGUACGGCCAGCCGUACUGCGCGUCGCUGCUGGACGAGGCGGUCCAGCGCGACCGCGAGGGCGGCUUCGUGGCAGAGUGCAUGGGCGUAUUACUUGCUUGUCCUCGACUUCUCGUCAACCAAACUAACCGGAAGGGGCAGACGCCAAUCUUUAUCGCCGCUUCUAAAAACCAACGAGAGACAGUGCGAAUACUGCUACAGCAUGGAGUUAUGGUCGAUGUGGACAAAACGUACAACAAAAGUACUGCAAGGCAGCUUAUCAAAGAAAAAUUUAAUGACGUUUUCGAUGAGGAACUGAAUGCCAUCAUACCCGCCGAGAAAGAUAUGCAGCUAAAAGAUUUUCUGGACCAUCGAGAUGUGGAUGGUUUUCUAGAGUUACUCGAGCAAAAGAAAGACAAGGAACCAAACAAAGAGUGGGUGGACGCCAAUGACGGCUCUUACACACUGUUGCAGAAAGCUGUGAAGGACAGACUAUUCGACCCCCGACUGAUCAAAAUUGUAAAAGCUCUCCUGGAAAGCGGUGCCGAUCCUAGUCUCACGACGCCAGGCCAGCAAACUCUUCCAGCCCAAUUUGCUGCUCGCAAUGGCGACAGUGACGUUCUGGAACUUCUCUGCAAACAUGGCGCCAAAAUAACGUCACAGGAUGGGAAAACCGCGCUGCACGAUGUCAUUGAAAAAGCAGACCCCGAGUCCAUCACAUUUGAGAAGUACAAAAAGUGUUUCACUAUUCUUUUAGAUAACAAAAAUGAAAAUUACCUAAGCGAUAUAAAUUCGCAGGAUAGUAUAGGAAAUACUCCCUUACAUCUUGCAGUAAAAUAUGGAAUAGAAGAUUUUACUCUAAAAUUAUUGGAAAAGGGAGCAUACAUCGGAACAAAAAACAAGUUUGGAGACAUACCAAUUGUAGAUUUAUCACCUGUUACACUAAGAAACUUUUUAGACAAAUGUGUGACUAGCGAGAAAUCUUCCAGAGAUGAUGAUUACAAAGUAUUGUUUGAUGUAAAUUUUUUAAAACCUCCAGAUGAAUCAGUUCCUUUCUGUGACAGUAAUUCAAUAAACUCUUAUAAAAUUCCAAUAUCGGAUGAUCGAGUACCCACAAACCCUGUUGAAUGUGAAUGCGCACCUUUACUUCACAUAAGUAAAGUGAAGGACCUUCGUCCUGUAUUAAACCACCCAGUAAUUACUAGCUUCCUGGAGAUUAAAUGGCGAGGCAUACGAUCCUUUUUCUGGAUAAAUUUAUGCUUUUACUUACUGUUUGUUUCUCUUCUAACUAUUUACAUUCUUUUCUAUUAUGAAUCUGCCUUGGGAGACCUCAAAGACCUUGUCGAAGAAGAUGGUCCCGCAGCGUUGAUUAAGCCUUCCUCUGACAGUCCACCAAAAAAUGCCACUAAAAAUGACACUGGGCAUGAAAUGCCCAGCUCUUUAGGUUGCAAAAUCAUUUGGAUAAUUGUUUCGGUGCUGUUCAUUGUACUAGUACUGAGAGAAUUUUUUCAAUUGAUAGUUGCGCCAAAGCAUUACAUUUACUCUCUUGAAAAUUACCUUGAAAUUCUGCUCCUCGUUUUUUGCGGAUUUGUUUUAUUUCAUCCUUCGGUGGGUCCACGGACUAGACCGCACUUGUCUGCCAUUACAAUAUUGCUGUCGUGGGCAGAAUUAGUUUUACUUAUAGGCCGUCAUCCACGUCUUUCUACGAACAUAGAGAUGUUGAAAACUGUUUCGAUGAACUUUCUGAAGUUCUUGGCCUGGUAUUCUCUGCUUAUCUUUGCGUUUGCAUUAAGUUUCUACUCCCUCUUUCGUAGCAGUACAGAGGAAGACAACUUCUUUCUGGACCCAGGGUCGUCUUUCUUCAAGACUGUUGUCAUGGUAACCGGUGAAUUUGAAGCAGGAGAACUUCCUUUCGUAAUGUUUCCUGGUACGAGUCACAUUGUGUUUGUUCUCUUUGUGUUCCUUGUGGCCAUCGUACUCUUCAAUUUGCUAAAUGGUCUAGCAGUCAGCGACACGCAAGCAAUACGUGAAGAUGCGGAAUUGGUCGGUAUUGUGUCUCGAAUCAAUCUUGUGUCCUACACGGAGAAGAUUCUUCUCAGUCAUCCCUUUUGGUGUCGAAAAUGCAAAGAUAAUGAUUGCUGCUUCUUCCAAGCUUUCUCAUUCCUUCAGAAACUUCCUUUGUGUAGCCUCACGAACCAGGCGAAGAAAGUAAGACUUUUCCCUUAUGUGCUUCCGGAUGGAAAAAUUUCAGUCCUUCCGAACCAGGCGAGUGAAAUCUAUUUUAGCCCCGAAAGUCGCAAAGCCACCUCCGAUGAUGAAUGUUGCAAGCCGUUAGACUGUCGUUAUUAUCUAGAUGUAUCCAUCUUAAAAGCAGCUGACAAGAUUCUACAGUCUCAGAAAAAUCCUUCAUGCAACGAAGGUUGUACCCACUUUGAAAAAAUUUCCCAAUUAGAAGCAAAGCUGGAAGAUUUGAAUGAAACCAGCCAGAAGAAUCAAGAAAUGCUUCAAAAGAUUAUGCAAUUGCUAGAAAAUGCUUAUAAUGCUCAGUUAAUUAAAGAAGAAAGUUUUGAAGCAAUAUAAACAUUUAAAAAACUCAGUAUUACCAAUCAAUUUCUCGUCAGUUCUAACAUAUAACUUUAACUAUGGUCAAAAUGAACAUUCAUGGAAAAAGUCAUACUCAUGUUUCACCAAAAACCUCAUCCAUCACUUUUUCUUAUGACUCAAAUAAAAUAAAUCUGAUUGGAGUUAGUAAUUUAAUAUUUCUCAUGAAUUGAAAACUUGGUUUAUUUAUCUUAAUAAGGAUUGCAGCUUGGGUACUUUUAGGAUGUAAAACAAUAUUGCAUUUGCACCACACAAAAUAAUGCCUAUGUUAUAAUAUCAAUAUGACUGAAACAAAAACCUUGUGACAUACAUAAUUAUAUUGUAAUGAAUUAUUUUGUCAUCUUUGUUUGUUUCUGAACGUGUAAAUAUUGUCAUGAAAAUGGUGUUCCUUCGAUGGUGUAAAGAACUUUCAAUGAGAAAAUUAUGUUUUAAAUUCUGAAAUGAAAGAAGGCCUAAUUUAAUUUUUUUAUUUAAACUAAUUAUUCAUUAGACUAAUGUUUCUUUUAAAAAAAUUGUGUAAAAAUAUUUUUUUUGAAGUGUAAAAAAAUUGAAAACAAAUGUAAAAUUGUACAAUAUAAAUUAAUAAAAAUGACAAGGGAAGAAAGUGUCUUUGAUCAUACAGAAAGAUUACUCAAACUCAUACUGAUGUAAAUACAAACAAUUAAAUUAUCAAGUGUAGUUAAAUUAUUUUAUCUUUUCCUGUGAAUGCAAACAGCAUGCAAAAUUUUUAAUAUAGAAGAUUUUGGUUGAUACUAAUAUAAGUAAUACAAUGUGCCAAUAGAUGAUUUAAUGGGAUUUAUUCAAAUGAUUUGGGAAUAAUCAUAAUAGUGUAACAUGAAGAUGUUCUUGUAAUGGAAUGAGGGUAAAUAAAAGUUGCAGCACCAUACACACUUAUUGGUAGAGAAAAACAACGGUGGCUUGUACGGAGCCAUUUUUUUCUUUUUUGAACACGUAACGAACACAAAACUUGACACUUUUCUUUGAUAAGGAAUUUGUCCUUUUAACAUCAGAUUGCAUGUCACAGUAAUUCACUAGAUGCUUGUCGAGUUCCAUACCAGCUCCUGUACCAGCAGAGCCAGUCUUCUCUAAAUGCUCUUGCACACUUAUUUACCCAAUCAACACCAACUUGCAGGUAAGCUAGUGUAACUGCCACUUAUAAUCCAUCAUGACUCCAAUUCGAUUUCACUAAGUACAUAUAUUUAUAUAUUAACCUCAAUGCUUGUUUGUGUAUACAAAUAUUAUUUACAUAUACAUGGAUAAUUUUUCGAGUUUCUAUCACCCUAUUAACAAGGAUUUUUAAUAAAAAUGUGCACCAUUCAUCUAAGUAUUGGUCUUUACGAGAAGAGUUGGUCAACACAUUAAUAGGUAAUAAAUAUCAAUGAAUAAUAUGCAGAGGGAAUGAUGAUUUCCAAUAUAAAACAUGGCAACAUUCUCAGGAGGCUAGCAUGAGUUGAGGAUUUGUAUUGUUAACGUUGUGACAGGGUGAGACAGGGUGCAGAGGCAACAGAGGUUGGGCUUCAUCUACAGACACAAUUAUGCUACAACAACCACCAGCAAUCAGCAAAAGUCUCACACGAUCUACCACAAAAUAGUUUGAACAAUGUACAUUAAAAAAUAAAGAAUGAGUGAUCAUUUGUUAGGUUUGUUUGGCCUUGGUUCUUUCUCUUUGUGUAGACACAGUUCCAAUAUUUCUACAAAUGAAGCAGUUGGAGUUUACUUUUCAAGCCUUCUUUGCCAAUUUCUCACUUGCACACCGUGAAUAAAAUGACAAGGAAACAAUGUGAUUAAAUGUGUAAAAGUAGUUUACAAAACCAUGUAGGCUUAUUUCCUUUGGAAACAUUUAAAACUUCUGAACUAGAAAAUUAGGAACAUGAUAAUGUCAUUAUAAUUAUCUUAUAAAUUACUAGGACUAGAAAACAUCAAAUAAAUAUAAAAUCAGUAAUCAACCAUCUGCAAAAAUUUGAUUUAAAUAUAUAAAAGACUAGAGAGAAUUCCAUCGAAUUCAUACUAUGACAAUAAUUUCAAAAUCUUGGUUCUUUGUGUUUUCUCUCACACUUUCUUAUCGGCCAUCAUGAUACCAUUCAUUUAACACUGUCCAAUUCCUUUUAACUGCUUAUCAAGAAAAUCAGGUUUUCGUUGCAUCUUUGGUUCACCAUAAAGAGCCUUAUAGUAUAUAGAAACAUUGAGAACCGCCUCACGUGCAUGACCAGGGCACAUUGUGUUAAUAUCCACCUAAAAUUUGUGCGCUUCUGUGUCUAAGACAACCGAAUGUUUAAAUUAAAUCUCUACAGGUUGGAAAAUAAACUGUAGACAAUAUAUAAACAACUCGCCCUUGUAGCGCAACACCAAGCUUCUUUUUCUGUCAGACAGUUCUUGGUAUAUAGUGUAUGAAAUGCAAGAUAUAAAAUACAGAUUUUGUGACAGAUACAUGGUGUGUAAACAACACGCUAAUGAUCUCUAGAGUACACGUUACAGAGAUCCAAAAGAGCACUUUUCUUUUAAGAGCUCAGGAAGAACUUUCAUGAGAUAGCUUUUGUAUUAGCAGCAAGCUAGUGUUUGCAAAUUUAUUUGAGAAAAGUAAAUUUAGAAUGUUCUUGGAAAACCAUAUAGAAUAUCAAGUCACAUGAAAAGUUUAGAAUAGAAUUUUUACCAUUAUUGUGUGGCUAGAGCACAAUAGCAAUUUCAAAGAAAGUGUCAGCACAAAAGACUUCAGUGAAAGCAUUCCAAACAGACUAGUUUGAUUACAUUCAUCUUCGACUGGCAUGACGUGGAAGCAUGCUCAGGGCAUUUCAAAGAGAGGCUUUAGGACCAAAAAGGUCCCAAGAGCUUCAGAGAACCAAGGUUCCCUAUCCUCUUGAGCAUAUUGCAAAAUAUCCUUUCUGUACCUUUCUCCUUAGGGUUAGGCCUAAUACUUUCAAAUAAUAAGUGACAAACAAAUUACACUAUAUCUAAUGUAGGCUGCAAUGAUAGCGACAUUAUUGUCACUUCUGAACAACAGAAAUUUAGCUUUUGGAUUUCCAUCUCAUAGAGCACAAGGUAAGUAUUGUAGAAGGGCAGAGGUAUUUUGCAGUCAACUAGGCCGUAUACUUAAGUCCUACUGCAGUACUAGAGGACCGGGUUCUAGGAUCGCACUGGAGAUCGCACUAGUUUACAGUUAUCACCAACGCAACCUCCAAUUCUUGAGACAGAAGUAUGAAAUAGGCCUAGAGCUCAAGCUAACUUUUUAAAUUUUUCGUCUAUGAAUCUAUGGAUUGUCACAAGUAUAAAUGAUGAGUGUAGUGGGUUUUCUUCGCAGUGUGCUGUAUCACUGUUUCCAUCCCUCUUUCGCCCCCCGUAUUGGUCGGGCCUCAUCUUGCGCCAAUUUUAUUGUUUAUAUUUACCAGAAGAGAUAAAAUAACCAAAAAAUUGCAUACGCCACAGUCUGGUCACUAUCGCAACACAGUCCAUGCCGCCCUCGCGACGAAGGCGCGGAUAAAGAGUACCGACCUGGUUGUGAGAAUUGUGUGGAUGUGCGCGUCCAACUUAGUGUUCUGUCCAACCACAACCGGUGAGUAACAGUUUGUUUUUUUAUUAUACAAUAUAAUCGCUCGUUAUUUUUUAAACAAAAGAACGCAUUUUUUCGGGCAACGUGCUCUCACGAGACGGUCGGCGCACGGUGCGUUUGAGCGGUGAGGUGGCGAUUACGCGAAUUGUCUUUGCGGCCGCCCGCGCCUCCCCUCCUCCUCCGCCGCCUCCGCCGCCACGCCACCGCCACCGCCGCCUCC